CGUGUUUGCGACUUCAUGUCUUCAACACCCACAUUGAGAUAUCGCAGCUACGUCUUUGUCGGGUAGCGGCUAGCGAUAUUCCAUGGUCUUCAGUGAUGAGUAAUCCCAUGACAUCUGUAUGAAUCAACAUGAUGAGCCGUUCUAGUCUAGUCGCAGACCUGAUAACAGGCGUUGCAUCACUGAGCAUAUCUAGACAAGGACGGCUACAAGUGAUGUCAGUCACUAGCCACAUCCAUGUAUCCAUAAAUGAUAUGUAUACUAUCAAGUUCAACUACCGAAUAUUGUCAUCUUUGAAAUCAAUAAAAGAGUUUAUUUGCCAUUCUGCUACAGGACGAGCUACAUCUCCCGUGUACAUGUUGAGAUAAAAUCCUGAUCCUGGCGACGUUCCUGAUGAUGACUUCCUGUCGAAGAACGAGGAAACAA